AUGGAGGACGGCGAGUCGUACAAGUCGUGGGCAUGGUGGCUGGACGCGCUGCAGGCGAUGAGGAGGACAUACUCGAUCCCCAUGGACGCCGAGGAGGUGAGGAUACGCGCGGACAUAGAUUUCGACAACGCAAGGAGGAAGGUGUGCAGAGCGGAGGCCGAGGAGGCGCGCAGGAAGGAUCAGCUGCUGGAGGAGGAGGAGGCGGUGCGGUGUUGGGCGAAGACGGGAGACCCCGAGGCGGAGGCGUACCGGGAGGGGCUGGGCGACUUGCUGCAAGAGAUGACCGAGCGGAUGUCCUCGGAGGAGAGGGACGAAUGGUCGACGACGCCCGACCGGGAGUCCUUCUCGUCUGCUUGCUAUCGCCAUCAAUGGAGCUCGGCGCAUCGGAGAGGCGCAGGUAGCUCGUACGAGGACACCACGGGUAUCCCUGCCAUGCAAUUUACGGACGCCGAGCCAGAAGAUCGUUGGGACGCCCGUCCGACGGGGACUUUGCAGAUAUUUUCCUUCAAAGUCGCCGCAAUAGACGAGGAGCUGCGGUGGCCAUUGGAGGUGUAUGGCCUGAUCGCCAUAAGAGACCACCUAGACCGUAGCCGCAAUGUUAUCUUUGCCCGCGGAAGGGAUAACUGCCAAACGAUCUCAUCCAUGGAUCCAUAUUUAACACUAGCAGGUCCAACUCGUGCUCCAGUGGUGUCUGAGAUGUCAAAUUCUGUGCGAUUCGAGGUUGUGUUGAAAGUCAAGAGCAGCACUAAUGAAUCUGAAGAUAAAGAUUUAAGUUUCUUAGCUGCAAAGUUCAGAACAUUCUAUCCCAAUUAUUCACGUGUGAUUAAGUGGGUUGCCACUAGCAAGCUAUCAAGACUAGAGUGGGCAUUCGCUGUUCUUGCUAAAUCAGUGGAGGCUACAAUCAGUAUACAAGUUAUUCAUGGGUCUUGGCUAGAUGGUUGUCGAGGUAUAUUUAGUGCAAGCACGGUUAGUCUAGAUGGCCGGAAAGUCCACCUUCUCUCCCUUGAAGAUGGCAAGUUGCCAGUUACCACCGAUGGUAUGAUCAAUCUUUCACGCAAUGUUGCUUGCGUAGAAAUUAAUGGAAGGCUGAAAAUUUCUGUUGCAAUAGAAUACACAAACGGGGAACAAGUUACUGCAGAAGAUGAAACUAUUUUUAGGCCUAGGAAAUUCGGUACGAGUUGUGCUAUCCUUAUGGCGUACCCUCAUGGAGAUCACAUCAAAGGAAAAAUGGUGGCUGCACCUUUGUACAGCAGGAAAUUGUUAUCACAUGUAGAGCGUGAGAAGCCAUCAACACUUGGAUGGGAGGCACCGCCGGCCGGCUGGGCUGUGCUCAACAUCGACGGGUCCUUUUCUGCCAAGGACGGAACUGCAGGAGUUGGCAUGGUCCUCCGGGAUGAACAUGGAGAUAUUAUUUUUUUCGUCUUGCCAGUCCUAACCGAAGUACCCAACAAGUAA